AUGCUGCUGCUGCUACCCCUUCUCGCUCUUUUAUCUAUUCCAUUUUGCCUGGCAGCACCCUCCGCUGAGUCCGCGCACGAACAGCUCGUCAAGCUCGCAGCCGCCAACAAUGGCCUCAUAAAGCUCGACGAUAACUUGUACAACCUCUUGACGCACCCGAACCGCAACUGGUCCGCGAGCAUCCACUUGACUGCUUUGGACCCGAGGAGGAGAUGCGCGCCGUGCAAGGAGUUCGACCCUUCCUUCACCGCGGUCGCGAAAGCAUGGUCCCAAGUCCCCAAGCCUCAGCGGGAUCACCACUUCUUCGCUACGGCGGACUUCGACGAUACCAUGGCCACCUUCCAAAGGCUCGGUCUCCAAUCCGCCCCAGUAGUCCACAUCCACCUCCCGGUAGAGGGCGACCGUCGCCCAGCGAGCGGACGCACCGCUCCCAUCGUCUAUGAUUUCUCCAACGGCUUUGACGCAGGCCCGCUCGCCGAGCAGCUCUCCGUCUACACCCCCGUGCCCAUCCCGUACAAGGCUCCGAUCGACUGGGCCAAGUACGGCACCGCCGUUGGUGUCGGGCUCAUCAUCCUCUCUGGCAUUCGCGUCUUCCUGCCCAUCCUCCGCUCCCGCUGGGCGUGGGCCGCCGGCACCGUGAUCACCUCGCUCGUUAUGACCUCCGGCUUCAUGUUCGUCCGCAUCCGCGGCAUGCCCCAAAGCGGCGCGAACGGCCAGUGGAUCGCGCCUGGGUACCAGAACCAGUUCGGGCAGGAGGUUCAGGUCGUGUCGUUCAUCUAUGGGUUGCUAUCUGCGGCAUUCCUCAUGCUCACCCUCGUCACACCGUACCAAACGCAGCCCUACCGCCAGCGUGCGCAAAUCUACCUUUGGUCUGGGGUCAUCCUCGUCAUGUUCUCCGUCCUUAUAUCCCUGUUCCGCGUCAAGAACCGGGGCUAUCCAUUCAAACUCUUACUGUAGAUUCCCAAGUGCAUGUAAAAAGCCUUGUUCCGAAUAUCUACUAUCUACUACUGC